UUUGUUUGAUGAAAUAUAAUUAAAUAACGUGAAUAAGGGUGGAGUCGCACCUUUCCCAAACAAACACGUGAUAAAUUUUCUUCACGACUCCAACCUUUUACAUAACUCGUUUUUGGUCAUGAGAGAUGGAGUAAUUUGGAGGUAUAAUUUGCUGACUUCUUCGUCUGAAUAAGCAAAGAUGCAGAUUUUUGUGAAAACACUGACGGGUAAAACCAUCACCCCCGAGGUGGAGUCCAGUGACACUAUCGAGAAUGUCAAAGCCAAAAUCCAAGACAAAGAAGGUAUCCCCCCGGAUCAGCAGCGUCUCAUCUUUACUGGAAAACAGCUCGAGGAUGGACGCACCUGGUCGGACUAUAAUAUCCCGAAGGAGUCCACCCUCCACCUUGUCCUGCGCCUGAGAGGGGGCAUCAUUGAGCCCUCUCUGAGGCAGCUGGCUCAAAAGUACAACUGUGACAAGAUGGUCUGCCGCAAGUGCUAUGCUCGUUUACAUCCACGUGCUUUCAACUGCCGCAAGAAGAAGUGUGGACACACCAAUAACCUCAGACCCAAGAAAAAGCUGAAGUAGACAGCUGGAAUCAAUAAUCAAGAUUGUCAAUAAAACAUUUUGACAGCGAGACUGAUUAAUAGAUGGUUUCUUACAUCACAGUUACCUUCAGAAUAUUUUCCUGGUUUGUGUGACUGCAUCAAAAACAAUUCAGACCAGUGGACGUGUUCUGUGGAUACAGUGGCUACAUUGGAUCAAAAGACACCAUAUUCAUACAUUUUCAUCUGUAGUUAGCAGCUGAUGUGUAGUCGAGUUUAAAUAAGAUUAUUUUCUGUCACAUUACAAAGCUGAAAUCAUAGAUGACACAGAAACCAAACACUAUGGGGUGGUGUGUCAAGCUAUAUGUGCAGUAUAAACCUGGGAAGGUUUAAGGGUGGUAAGACUAAGGAAGUCUAUCUAGUUGUCUAUUCAACACUCAAACUAUUUAAAGCUGAUUUAGAAUUAUUAAUCAAUACUUGAUCACAUUUUCAGUCUAUCAGAUGUGAUGACAGGUGGCCACUGGGAUAAAGGUGGGAUAAAAGCCUUGCUUAAGGGCAUCUCAGUGGUAGUGAUGCGAAAGGUUGAAACACUGCUGUUUCACUUUCCCCACCCACAUUCAUCCUGCCAGUCUGGGGAUCGAACCUGCAACCUUCUGGUCACAAACCCGCUUCUCUUACCUCACAGUGCAAAUGCACUUUUCCAUUACAAUGCCUGUAGAACACGACCAAAUAAGUGACAAACAAAACAAACGAAAUAAUUGGACUUCAGUAGUAUCACAUUGUGGCCUUUUAAAUGAGAUUUUUUUUCAAAAUUUCAUUAACUAGCUGAAACCAUGUGGAUUAAUACUAUGUUAGAAAUAAAGUGCAUAAACCAGAUGGCCCACAGGAAAAACAAAACUGUUAACACAAGAAAGAAGUACAUUAGAAUGAGUGACUGUAUUCUUUGCUUUUAUUUCCAAACCGUCAUGACAACAGCUCAAAGGCUGAGACAUUUAGCUGGCAUGACUAUCAACAACCAUCCUUAAAAUAGAACAAUACGGCUUGAAAAAAUAAUACAAACAUAGUAUUAUACACUAUGUUGAACAAUACAGUCUGUGCGACAAAAGACUGUGAAGGCGUAUGGCAUAUUGUCCACAGCUAAAGGUAAUGUGCUGAAAAUUGACAGAAGGCAGAAAAUGUCUCUUAUAUUUCCUUGAAUGCGUCUAUCAUAAAUAAGUUACUAAGUCAGUGGUUUGUUAAGAGAUGAUGCGCAGGACGAUUAAUCAGACUGGGCCAGUGCAAACAACAGUUAAACUUAUCUGUAAUACUAAGUGACGACUUUGAUUUCUAGUGUUUACUUAAUAACUGUAGCAUUAUUGAUUUAUAUCAUGUGGAAAAUACUUACUUAUCCUAAAUGUAAUUACUUAAUGUAUCUUAGCUAAUAAAAUGUACUUACAGGUCACUAUAACUUACUUUAGAUUUAAAUGUUUCUUACGAGCUUACAUGAAGACGUAAUAAUGGACAAGAUGCUGAAAGACCUUAUCAGUGUUAUCAGUAACAUUUGAUCUUUGGUGUCAAUAUUCAGAUCUAAUGUUUAAGGUUAAGUUGUGUGUCCAUGCCUUAAACGAAUAUUAAACACUAUUAGCAUACUAUUUGACUGACCUUGAAUAUACUGUAUGUCAUUGCUUAUUCCUGUGGAAAAGCACCAUCUAUAACCACUCUGUCCUUCACUUUACACUUUAUAGCUGCUACAUUAUGCAUGGGUAACUACUAAGACCAUACACAAGUUUAUCUCUGUGCAAAUCAAACUUUGUUAACU